UCUGUGUGUGUAUGCCAGCAAUGGUUGUCUCUGCUGCAUGCUCCCAUUGCAUCCCCUCCAUAUGCCCUUGUGAUAUCUGGUCAUUAUUAAGCAGGAUACAGUAACUUCAUGAAGCUGUCUCUUCCCUAAAUGCCCUUCAGCAGCGGCUGCAGUUCCUGUUGAGAGCACACAUGGACUAGGGGAGGAGGAGACUGUGCUACAGAAAAAAAAUGAUACUCUAGGGGGAGGGGGGCGAGCUUUUCCUUCCAUGGUGCAGAGUUGUUACUGAAAGGACAGGCAAACUGCGGGAUCUCCUUUCUGCUGAAGAAGACAAGGAUAGAACACGAGAGUUUCCCUGCUUUUCUUGCAUGUAAUAUAUAAAAUACACUUGAGUGGAAGGAAUCAAAAGCCAUCAGUAUGGAUUUUGUUAUGAAGCAAGCUUUGGGAGGUGCUACAAAAGACAUGGGGAAAAUGCUUGGAGGGGAUGAAGAGAAGGAUCCAGAUGCCCAAAAGAAAAUGGAAGAACAGCAAGAGGCUUUACGUCAGCAAGAGGAAGAAAGAAAAGCAAAAUAUGCAAAGAUGGAAGCAGAGAGAGAAACCAUGAGACAAGGUAUCAGGGAUAAGUAUGGGAUAAAGAAGAAAGAGGAGAAAGAAGCUGAGGCACAAGCUGCACUGGAAGCUAAUGCUGAAGGGAGCUUGACGCGUCCAAAGAAGGCCAUUCCUGCUGGAUGUGGAGAUGAAGAGGAAGAAGAAGAAAGCAUUUUAGACACAGUCAUUAAAUAUCUACCUGGUCCACUUCAAGACAUGUUCAAGAAGUAAAUGACAGCAGACUGGCAGACUGUUUUAAACGUAAUCAGAAAAGCAAUGGAUUUCCCCUUGUUUAAUGGGAGAUUUCAGUAUUGCCACAUGCUACCCUCCCUCCCGUCUCUAAACCUUUGCUCACUAUAGUCCCUCCACUUUCUUUUCUCCUUUCCUUUUGUACAUAGUUACAUACAGUAGACACCUCUCAAAGGAUGUCAAGGUUAUGAGCUGCAGUCUACGCAAUUUUAUUAAAAGCCAUAGUACAAUUGUAUGUUUAAUCUGGCAGUUGUGUACACACUUAACAUUUUCAAUCAUGUCAAUGCAUUUCCAGCCAGGAAAAGUCAGUAUGUUGCUGUGAAUACAACAUAGAGUUUCAGACCAGUUAGGAAAUGAUCGAUAUUGACAUUUGCUUCUGGCAGACAAAAAAAGUGCAAAUGAUCAUGAGAAUUUGAGGGAACAUUUAUUUUUCAUUCCGUGUUCAUCUGACAGUAAGAGAAAAUUCAGAAAAUGAACCAUGUAAAACUCCUAUGCCUGGCACUUUAUAAUAACCUGUAUAACAGCCUCUACCGCAAUAUAUUGACUGUGCAGUGCUGAUUCAUAAUGUUUUCUAUUAAAAAAGAAUGAUGUAGGAUUUUAUAUUGACAUAUUUGAAAUGAUGCUUCUAUUAUUACAAACUACAUUUAAAAAUGCCAGUUGCUCCCUUUAUUUUUCAAUGUUACUAUUUACCAUUUAGAAUUGCUAGAAUUAAGAUAGCACAAAAUCUCGAAGCAAUUCUUCAUACCACAAUUAACAUUUCAAUAGUCAGUAAUAUCUUUAGAAUUUUACUCUUAUACACUGCAUCGUAAUAUGCAAAUUAUAGUUCUACAUAUUUAACUCGAGAGCAAAAAUUUGCAGCAAAUUCUCUUUGAAAAGGAUUUAUGGCUACAUAUCUUAACCCCAUAUUAUUACAUGCAAUAUAAAGUGUUGUUAUGCUGUAUAAGAUUUAUAUAUGCUCUAUACUUAAAUUUAGCAGUUGAAUCUAUCAGUUGGAAAUAAAACUAAAUAUAAGUUUAGUUCACUAUAACCAUGAGAAGUCCAGGUCUUAAGAAUGGAAUAUGGAUUUUCAAACUUGGUCAUAUUACAGUCAUCUUAAGCUGUGCCUAAUGCUCAAUUAUACUCAACGUACUGUAGUGGAACAUCCAUUUACUAUAAUAAAAAAUGUCUAAAAAUUGUACUUGUACUAGUAUAUAAGAACUAUUUUCAAUGUCAGAUUAUAUAAAAAUACAUACAUUUUUUAACAUAGAUAUAUAAGUUCUAAAAACAUUAAAUAUAGCAUUAAAAUUGUAUGUGUUAGGCACAUAAACCUUAUUUACAAAUGCAACAAAAGGCUCUAUUGCAAGACCAAAGAGAAGCCUGGUUCAUUUGUUCACAUAAUACUGAAUAUCUCUGUCACCCUUCAUCGCUUUCUGUCCAUAAAAUGUGUUUAAUCUCAGGUAAUUGAGGAAGUCUUUUGUAUUAUUAUUAUUAUUAUUUUAUUUUAUUUUUUGUCUUCUUAAAAUGAAGGGGGUAAAAGGAAUUAUGCAAGACCUAAAAUUUGACCACCAAUAGAAAAUAGCUUUGCAACCCCUUCGGCUUUAAGCUAGGAUUAUGGGGAGUUGUCCUCUGAAUUUUUGGAGGGGAAAGGCAAAAUCGAGUAAUGCGUCAUUGUUUAAAAUGUUUUGCUUUUGUUUGUUUUGUUUUUUUUACUAAUUUUUUUCACAAAUCACAUCUACCUUUAGAGAAAGCCAUAUAAAAUCAGACUGCAAUAUUAAUUUUGAAUGCUACUAUGUGUAAAAAGAGAAUAGAUCAUGUGUUUUAUUUGCACUGGAAUUUCUCAGUCUACGUUUACUGUGUGUUAGUUUAGUGUUUUUCCCCUUCUGUGUCAGAGUAAGAAAUAUCAAGGCUGCUCUACAUGUCUCUCUCAACAAGCUUACUGAAAUACUGUUGUCAUGUAAUGUGCAGAUCUGCUGAUGUGAACUAAAUGUAAUGUCUUCUGUGUACGCUAUGUUAAUAUGUGUUUCCUCUCCAUGUUAGAUAAAUGUUUGGGUAACAGUCUUUCAAAAAUGUUUUCACACAUAGAAGUGUAUCUGCUCAGCCAUAAUUUUGUGAUUAGCGGAAUCAUUUUGUAAUUUUAAUGCUCAUAUACUCAGAUCAGAUGCAUGCUUCAGUCUUCUCUGAUGUAGAGGAGAUGUAGAGACUUUGUGAAUGUAAAUCUCAUUCGUAAUUUGCCUGCUUCUCCUCAUUGCAUGAUAUCAGUUCACAUGUUCUUUUAUGAGUGGAAUCACAGCCAAUAAAAAAUAAAGUGAUUUCAUGUUU